GGAAAACGCUUCUCUUCUUCCCUUCGUAUCUAAUCGAUCCUCAACAAUUCCAUGCACCUUCAGAUUUGCGAUCUCCUCUUGCCCGUUUCGUUCUUUUUCUUCUUUUCUCGUUCUUCCGAUCGCGAGGAUACCUCUUCUUCAAUCGAUUGGGAAUCAUGGGGGUGGUGUUCGAGUUAUUAAGACGGUUGGAGUAAGGCAGACCGUAGGCAAGGGAAGAUUAAUGGCCAGUGAACUCAACAACAGCAAUCCUGACCAUGACUAUAGCAAAGAGAAGUUGAAGCAUAGUAGCAAGGAGGAGAUGGUGUCAACCAUGACCAACUCAAUGCACAGAUCUAGCUCGCGGCCACAGCUCGAUGUUAGUAGGGCUGCCAUACAAGAAGAUUCUGAGGACAGGAACCCUACCAUUUUGUUGCCGAACCAGUCUGAUGACAUCUCCCACUUGGCCCUGGAUAUUGGAGGUUCCCUCAUUAAGCUGGUAUACUUCUCACGACAUGAGGAACAGUCACCUGAUGAUAAGAGGAGAUCCAUGAAGAAAAGGUUUGGGCUCUCUAAUGGUAACAGAAGGAGUUAUCCGAUUCUUGGCGGGAGGCUUCAUUUUGUAAAAUUUGAGACGGGGAAGUUGAAUGAAUGCCUUGACUUUAUUUCCUCAAAGCAACUUCAUCGUGGUGGGAUUGAUUCACCUUCAUGGCGAUCUGAGACUCAAACGGAUGCUAAUAUAGUAAUCAAGGCAUUCCCUUCUAGCUUUGAACAAUCCCUGAUAAAUUUAACACUGGGAGAAGCCAGCUACUAUUAUGUCUCCUUAUUUCUCGAAAAGGCCACAGGUGGAGGGGCAUACAAAUUUGCUGAUGUCUUGAAAGAAAGGCUUGGAGUUAGUCUUGACAAGGAAGAUGAAAUGAGUUGCCUUGUAGCUGGAGCAAAUUUUUUGCUUAAAGCAAUACGGCAUGAAGCUUUUACGCACAUGGAAGGCCAGAAAGAGUUUGUGCAGAUUGAUCAUAAUGAUAUGUUUCCCUAUCUUCUUGUUAAUGUUGGUUCUGGAGUUAGUAUCAUCAAGGUGGAUGGUGAUGGGAAAUAUCAACGAGUUAGUGGGACUAAUGUUGGUGGUGGGACUUUCUGGGGGCUCGGGAGGCUGUUGACAAAAUGCAAGAAUUUUGAUGAGCUGUUAGAGUUGAGCCAGCAAGGAGAUAGUAGUAAUGUUGAUAUGCUUGUUGGAGAUAUUUAUGGUGGUUUGGACUAUUCUAAGAUUGGGCUUUCAGCAUCAACUAUAGCUUCUAGUUUUGGAAAAACAAUUUCAGAAACCAAGGAACUUUCUGAUUACAGACCUGAAGAUAUCUCUCUCUCUCUUCUGCGGAUGAUUUCAUAUAACAUUGGGCAGAUCUCAUAUCUAAAUGCACUUCGUUAUGGGCUGAAAAAAAUAUUUUUUGGAGGAUUCUUCAUUCGUGGUCAUGCUUACACCAUGGACACCAUUUCUUUUGCAGUGCAUUUCUGGUCUAAGGGACAGGCACAAGCUAUGUUUCUGCGUCAUGAGGGCUUUUUAGGAGCUCUUGGUGCAUUCAUGAGCUAUGAAACACAUGGCCUUGAUUACUUGAGAGCACAUCAGUUGGUUGAAAGAUUUCCUAUGGAGGCUCCUUGUAUUGGGGGAAAGAUUCAUGGUCCUCCGCUUGGCAACCUGAAUGAAAAGAUUUCGUGGCUGGAGAAGUUUGUUCAGAGGGGUACUCAGAUUACAGCUCCUGUACCUAUGGCUCCACCUGGGACAACUGGUAUGGGUGGCUUUGAACGGCCUUCAUCCAGGGGCAAUACUUUGCGUUCAGACGCAAGUGCUGCAUUGAACAUAGGUGUUCUUCAUCUUGUGCCCACACUUGAGGAGUUUCCUCUGUUGGCAGAUCCUAAGAUGUAUGAGCCGAACACUAUUGAUCUCUUGGAUCAUGGUGAACUGGAGUAUUGGGUCACUGUGUUAUCUGAGCAUUUGCCUGACCUUGUUGAUAAGGCAGUAGCAAGUGAAGGUGGAACUGAUGAUGCCAAAAGAAGGGGAGAUGUAUUUGCUCAUGCAUUCUCGGCUCAUUUGGCAAGGUUAAUGGAAGAGCCUGCUGCUUAUGGGAAGUUAGGCUUAGCCAAACUUUUGGAGCUAAGGGAAGAAUGCUUGAGGGAGUUUCAGUUUAUGGAUGCCUAUAUCACAAUUAAACAAAGGGAAAAUGAAGCUUCUCUUGCUGUUUUACCUGACCUUCUUAUUGAGCUUGACAAUAUGAAUGAGGAAGAUAGAUUGCUUGCUCUUAUCGAAGGUGUUCUUGCUGCAAAUAUCUUCGAUUGGGGAUCUCGUGCUUGUGUUGACCUUUAUCACAAGGGAACGAUUAUUGAAAUAUAUCGGAUGAGCCGCAAAAAGAUGCAACGACCAUGGCGGGUGGAUGACUUUGAUAUGUUCAAGGAAAGAAUGCUUGGUUCUGGAGACGAGAAAUCCCAACCAUAUAAAAGAGCUUUGUUCUUUGUUGAUAACUCAGGUGCUGAUGUUGUUCUUGGGAUGCUUCCAUUAGCUCGAGAAUUCCUCCGUCAUGGAACUGAGGUUGUCCUGGUUGCAAAUUCCUUGCCUGCUUUAAAUGAUGUCACAGCUCUUGAACUUCCUGAAAUUGUGGCUGAAGCUGCAAAGCACUGUGAUAUAAUUAGAAAAGCUGCUGAAGCUGGAGGAUUGAUAAUGGAUGCAAUGGUAAGUAUACAAGAAGAUGGAUUGAAAAAUCAUUCAACCUCAGUGUCCUUGAUGGUUGCUGAGAACGGAUCUGGGGGCCCUUGCAUAGAUUUACGGCAGGUCAGCUCAGAGCUUGCUGCUGUUGCAAAAGAUGCAGACUUGAUAAUCCUGGAGGGAAUGGGGCGAGCCAUCCAUACUAACCUAAAUGCUCAUUUUAAUUGUGAUGCACUGAAGCUUGCAAUGGUGAAGAAUCAGAGAUUGGCUGAAAAGCUUUUCAACGGAAAUAUAUAUGAUUGUAUCUGUCGGUUUGAGCCUGGUAAAGAACAGCUAUGAAACAAGUGCAUUCAAUUCUCAGGUGUUUUGACUUGACACUGGCACAGUUCUGCUUAAUCAUCCUCACCGAAAUUGAUAAUUAUGAUGCUGGCAGAAGUCUUGUAUAAAUUAAAAACUUCAUCAAGCCCCAGUACCAAUAGCCUGCUGACUCUGUAGCAUAUCAAUGUACAAUGGAAAAUAAAAUUAAUGCCUCUUUGAGAUUAUUCACGAUUUUCUCGUUUCUGUAUUUCUUAUACAGAAUAUUUUCAGGAAAUUUGUCCAUUUAGUGCC